CACGAACUUCAGGCAUGGAAAAAUUCAUCACUCCUCUGUGAGGACAUCAGAUUUUCAUCCAGCAUUUUGUUCUUAAGCACUUUUGCAAAAAGGGCCUGCAGCAAUGUCAGAGAGGAAGCCCAAAAACUCAGACACACGUCCCAAGAACCUGCGGAGCUGGAGCGCUGACAGUUAUAUCCGCAGUAUUAAAAAACGCUCCCGUGGGUCACGCCAUGAGACAGCACCCCGAGGGGAAGAGGAGGAAGGAACGAACGACCAGACCGUACGCUCUGCCUCUUGUCCCCGGAGACGUCGAGAGCGAAAGUGCAGCUGCACGAUCCCUGGAGAAACCGAUUCGGACUCUCCUUGCAGGAAAGCCCUGUCCCGCCGCUCUCUGAGGCAGAAAUUUCAGGAUGCCGUCGGCCAGUGUCUCCCUCUCCGCAAUCACCACCACCAUCACCACCAAUCUGGUUCUUCACGUCCAUUCUCCGUCCUUUUGUGGUCCAAACGGAAGAUUCACGUGUCUGAGCUCAUGGAGGACAAGUGUCCGUUCUCUCCGAAAUCCGAACUGGCUCAGUGUUGGCAUCUGAUUAAAAAACACGGCACUCAUACCAAACCUUCUUUAAGCAUUGAAACCGAACCCAAAGGUCCCUUGUUAUCCUCCUCUCCUCCGAAGCUCAUUUCAUGGGAGGAGAUCAGCUCUACUGGGGCUUCUAGUUUGGACGACUGGGAUCCGGCUUUUUCACAUGGAGACGGUCAGUGCUGCGCCCACACUGACUACAUCCUGGUUCCUGAUCUGCUUCAGAUCAACAACAGCCCUUGUUAUUGGGGAGUCCUGGAUCGUUUCGAAGCUGAGCAGCUUUUGGAAGGCCAACCUGAGGGGACUUUUCUGCUCCGAGACUCUGCCCAGGAUGAAUAUCUCUUCUCGGUUAGCUUCAGACGCUAUAGCCGCUCCCUCCAUGCUCGAAUAGAGCAAAAUGGAAAGCGCUUUAGCUUCGAUGGCCGUGACCCUUGUAUGUACAGAGAUUCCAGUGUCACAGGCCUGUUGAGGCACUACAGUGACCCGGCCACAUGCCUAUUUUUUGAGCCUCUUCUCUCUCGCCCUUUACCUAGGAACUUUCCGUUUUCUUUGCAGCACAUGUGCAGAGCGGUCAUCUGUAGCUGUACAACAUAUCAGGGCAUUGACGCCUUGCCUUUACCCUGUACUUUGAGACACUUCCUAAGGCAAUACCACUAUAGAUGCAAUGGAGCUUGUGCUGUUUGAAAACAGAAUUACAGGUUGCUUGAACUGACAGAUUGAAAGGCACAAUAAAUGUAUUCAACACAACAUGGUGGACGUAGUUAUCAUGCAGCACAAAAACAGUUUAUGUUUUUAACGUAAUCUUAUUGAAAACCAAAGAUGGACAUCGGUUUACAUUUCUAUACUACUGCAUAUUUUUUGCAGGUUUUCAACUGUAUUCAUUUGAUUUGUCUUUUUCUUGU